UUUGACCGCUGAUUUCUUCGAAAGGGAGGACGGAUAAGCAUAUAAAAACGUAUAACACGUACUAUUUUAACGUGUUUUUUGCAACAGUACAUUAAUUAGUGCAUCUGAUGCAUAAGAAAGCGUGUCAGCGCAUGGGAGCUAUUCAGUUAUGUUUGCUCUGUCUCAUUUCUGCUAAAUUCCAAGAAGCAGAUGAUAAAGCGUCUGUUUUAAAAAGCGCGUGACAGCGCAUUCGAGCUUUUGCAUGCUUUGCAGCUGUGCGAGUAAGUUGCGUAUAAAAUGGCAGAUUCAAAGGCACUAGAGGCGGUUUUCAUUGGCGCCUGUGUCGUCGAUCUAAUAAGCUACGCCGACCGUUUCCCACAACCAGGAGAGACGCUGAUAGGAAAUGACUUUGUUAUGGGUCAUGGCGGCAAGGGGGCCAAUGCUUGUGUCAUGGCAACACGCAUGGGUCUUCACUGUGGCAUGAUAGCCAAAGUGGGAAGCGACAAGAUUGGCAGGGACUACCUGGCGUACCUAAAAGAUAUCGGAGUCAACACAGUGCACGUGAAACCGACGGAAGAAAAGACCACCAACGCCACCGCCAAUAUUGUGGUCGCGAGGACCGGACAGAAUAGCAUAGUGUACGUGCCGGGUGCGGCGGCGUACCUUACGCCUGACGACGUCAAGCUGGCCGAGAACCUCAUCAAGAAGGCAAAGAUUCUCGUGGCAGUAUACGAGUGUUCCAAGGCCACACUCUUUGAGGCCUUGAGGACCGCUAGGAAGCAUAAGGUGACAACAUUUGUGAAUGCCGCUCCUCAUGAUCCUGCCAUGACGGACGAUAUUUACAAGCUCGUCGAUAUCCUCUGUGUCAACGAGACCGAGGCCGGUCAUGCAACAGGGCUGGAGGUGAACAACAGAGAGACAGUGGAGAGGGCAGCUCAGAUGCUGUUGAAAAAAGGAUGUUCUACCGUCAUCAUCACGAUGGGGGCAGACGGCGCCGGUUACAUCACCAAUGACAAACCCACGAUGUUUUUUGUGCCCACGGAUAGGGUAGAAGUGGAAGAUACUACCGGCGCAGGAGACGCAUUUAACGGUGCCUUCGCCUUCCACUACGUGAGGCACCCUGACGCUCCACUAUGCGAAAUGGUGAAAAAGGCUUGUGGCAUCGCCACCAUCACUGUGCAGUCGCCGGGGACGCAAAUCAGCUACCCAGAGGAAUUCGGAGAUCACAUGGAACAACUUGGAACAUCGCGGAAGGAGGAGCUGUAAAGACACCGAUAUUUUUGUACCAUUAAAGAGCGUUCCACUGUUUU